AAGCCAUCAAAUAUUUUUCUCAUCUUUUCAUUUCAAUUCGUGUACGUAAUCUUGUAAAUUCUAGCCAGUAUUAACAUGUAUAAAUCAAUCAGGAAUUAAACUUGAAAAAUUCCUUCUUUUAGUAUUAUUAUAUAUAUAAAAAAGAGUAACUUUCCAGUAGAGUUUUUAACUCUUUUUGUUUUUGCUUCCAAUUAAUGGAGUUUCCUGAAACUAAAAACAAGCCUAUCAUCACUCUCUCUUUCUUCUUAUGCAUGCUUUCUCUAACCCAUGCUUCCAAAAUCUGUCAUUUUCCGGCAAUCUUCAACUUCGGCGACUCAAAUUCCGAUACUGGUAGCUUGGCAGCUGCCUUUACUCCUCCUAACUCUCCUUAUGGAGAGACUUUCUUUCGCAUGCCAGCAGGGAGGUUCUCUGAUGGAAGGCUCAUAAUAGAUUUCAUAGCCAAGAGUUUCAAUCGCUCAUAUCUCAGUGCAUAUCUUGAUUCUCUGGGAACAAACUUCAAACAGGGUGCAAACUUUGCGUCAUCGGCAUCCACCAUUCAAGUCCCAACUAGUAUCAUACCCAAUGGCGGAUAUAGUCCAUUUUACCUUAACGUGCAAUACGAACAAUUCCUGCAAUUCAUGUCCAGAUCACAGAUCAUCAGGGAACAAGGAGGUAUAUUUGCUGAAUUGAUGCCUGAGAAAGAUUAUUUUGGAAAGGCUUUGUACACAUUCGACAUCGGCCAAAAUGAUCUCGGAGCUGGGUUUUCUGGUAACUUGUCUGUGGAACAAGUGAAUGCAUCUGUUUCUAAUAUUGUCAAUAGCUUCUCAGAAAACGUUAAGAAAAUAUACAAUUUGGGAGCUAGAUCAUUUUGGAUUCACAACACAGGACCAAUUGGUUGUCUUGCAUAUAUUCUGGAGAAUGCUCCCUCUGCAGAAAAAGAUAGCGCAGGCUGCGCAAAAGCUUACAAUGAAGUUGCGCAGAAUUUUAAUCUCAACUUGAACGCAAGCGUAGCUCAACUCAGGAAGGAUUUGCCUUUGGCUGCAUUCACUUACGUGGACAUCUACUCUGUCAAGUAUUCUUUAUUCAGUGAACCAGAAAAACAUGGUUUCGAGCUUCCACUUAUAGUAUGUUGUGGGUAUGGAGGAAAAUACAAUUUUGAUAACAAUGUUCGAUGUGGAGAUACAGUCACAGCCAAUGACACCCAAGUAGUCGUGGGCGCUUGUGAUCGGCCGUCGGUGCGAGUGAACUGGGAUGGCGUUCACUAUACUGAAGCAGCCAAUAGAUUUAUUUUCGAGCAGAUUUCCACAGGAGCAUUCUCUGAUCCCCCUACUGCGUUGAAUAUGUCAUGCCACAAUACUACGUAUUAGAUUAUCUGAAAGCCUGCUUAUAAAAUUAAUGCAGAGUAAUAAAGACUUGUCCUCCCCUCCCCUGUUUUCCCUUUUCAUGAACAUUUGUCCUUAUUCCAUGGAUGAGCUGUUUCAUUAUCAAUUUACGUAUUUAUUUAUUUUUUUUAA